AUGGGCAAGAAAGGCGUAAUGACAUCAAAUGUGCCAAGCAUUGAAGCUCAGAUAGGAGCAAUUCCUUGUCAGACAGAUGAUGAUUGCAAGAAGUAUGGUGUGCCACAAUGUACUAAGUGUGAAUGGAACGUUUGCGUUUGCACUAAUCCAAGCAAACAAGAAUCUGCCGUUCUAUCAAAUCUUAGGAGCUCCCACUUCUAA